CGUUCGUUUUCGUACAGAGUACAGAUAUGACAUGCGUUUUUUCUCAUUACGAACACAAACAAGAAAACCUCUAAUCAAAAGCGUCUAAGAAGAACAAAUCACAAGAAUUUUUAUUCAAUUCCCACCAAAUCCCUGGAACUCAAAGUUUCCCAGAAAUCAAAAUAAAAAAUUUCACUCAUAUUUUCUGUUACUUUCCCAUGGGCCUAGUUUUCAUUGGAACUUGAAAACUAUGACAAAGUCGAAGAAGUUCUUUCAGAAUCUGAUAAAGCCUUUCAAGUUUGGUUCAGGCAAAGAAGGCCAAGCUGAAGAGGACUUGGACAAGAUUGCUGCUCAGGAACAGAAGCAGUUUGCAUAUGAUACCUUAGCUUUUGCCACCAAAGAUUUUCACCCAACUCACAAGCUUGGUGAAGGGGGAUUUGGACCUGUCUAUAGGGGAAGGUUAGAUGAUGGGAGAGAGAUUGCAGUUAAGAAGUUGUCCCAUAGCUCAAAUCAAGGGAAGAAAGAGUUCACGAAUGAGGCUAAGCUCUUGGCACGUGUCCAACACAGGAAUGUUGUAAAUUUGUUAGGUUAUUGCACUCAUGGAACAGAGAAGCUACUGGUAUAUGAAUAUGUCGCUAAUGAGAGCCUUGACAAGUUCCUCUUCAAAUCCAAUAAAAGGGAGCAACUUGAUUGGAAGCAGAGACAUGAUAUAAUAACAGGCAUUGCACGGGGAUUGCUUUACCUUCACGAGGAUUCACACAAUUGCAUCAUCCACCGGGACAUCAAAGCUAGUAAUAUCUUGCUUGAUGAUAAGUGGAUUCCUAAGAUUGCUGAUUUUGGCAUGGCCCGCCUCUUCCCCGAAGAUCAAACACAUGUACACACCCGAGUGGCUGGUACAAAUGGGUACAUGGCCCCAGAGUAUGUCAUGCAUGGGCAUUUAUCAAAGAAGGCAGAUGUAUUUAGCUUUGGGGUUGUGGUUCUGGAGCUCGUCAGUGGCCAGAGGAAUUCAACAUUUAAUCAAUCACUUGAUGCUCAAAAUCUACUUGAUUGGGCAUAUAAGCUCCAUAAAAAAGAUAGAAGUCUGGAGAUUAUGGAUCCUACAUUAGCAUCAUCAGCAGUUGCUGAACAAGUAAAACUGUGCAUUCAUAUAGGGCUACUAUGCACACAAAGUGAUCCAAAUUUACGGCCAGACAUGCGACGCGUAGUCAUCCUGUUGUCAAAGAAACCUGGCAGCCUAGAAGAACCGACUAGGCCUGGAGUGCCUGGUUCCAGAUAUAGAAGAUCUCGGAGACCACCUGGAAUGUCUUCGACUGCUGGAACAUCUGGUGAUUUUGAUUCACGGACGUAUGAUUCAAGCUCAAAUGCCAAUACUGCUACAGCAUCUACUACAACUCAUACUAGCCCAAGAUUAGAUCCUCAUGGGAAACGUCCCAUGGAAAGCUGAGCUUAAUUCAGUAGACAUUUUUUACUGUUCUUUGUAUGAUAUAGGUGUAUUAAAUUUAUUAUUGUAGUGUGUAAAUGUUUAAUUGGAAAUUAGUGAAUAUGUACAAGAUGCUCUUGAACCUCUCUUCUUCUUGGAAGUUAUUGAUAGGGGAAAUGCAAUCACAAAUUUUGGCUUUAAUGUCUAA